UUCUUCUUUCCCGUGCAGGUGAAGAGAGAUAAGCUCCGAGGACAAUUGCGUGGGUCCUCUCCCAUAGAGAUAUCCAUCGCUCUGUCACGGUUUGCGUGCUUAUGUGCGUGUGUUGUGUUCCCUUCACAUGAUUUGAAAACGAUGGGUCGACUCAAGCAUUGUCUCCCAUCCUCGAAUGAAUUCGCUGUCAAGUAUAAGAAAUUGGAGGAUUAUUCCGACAUUUAUGUGCCGGACUGGCGGGAAUUCCUCGCUUUCUCGUGUUCUCAUUGCGGCCAGGUUCAGAAGAUUCAGGCGGAGGAGCUGAACGAAAUAAUCGGGAAUGCGUUCCGGCUGGCCUACGCGGCCCAGUUGCAGAAGACGACACCAUCCUUCCACGACGUGAUAGCGGAUCAGUUGGAGAGUCCGUCGUUGACGUCCUUGGACGGCGGGAAUCGGACGGACGAAAUCAAAAGCGCCACCAAAGUCUGGGCGAAGCAGGCGGUGGAACUCGGGAGGCUGAACCACAGGGAACCCGUUUUAGAGAAGAUGAGGGUGAAAAGCGGGGAAGGGGAAGGGGAGUCCAGCGAGGAGGCGAGAUCGGAGGUGAAGCGAGGUCAGGUGGAGGAGGAUGACCUCAGCUGCCCUCCUUCCACUGGUACCCUGGGCGGCUAUGCCAAUGGCAACUUCUUCCCCAUCACCUCCUCCUCUGAUCAUAUCAGAUGGAGAGAAGAGAAUGAAGAAGUAGAAAGAGAGAAGAAGGAGGAGGAAGGAAGGAAAUUGCCCAUUCCUCCCUUACCCGAAAGACGGGAUUCCUUGAGUAGUAAUGGAGGGGAUGAAGAAAAGGAGGACGACGAGGAACUCCGAACUGCCCCGUGGUUCCAAGCUGGAAUCCCUAGGGAGAUAGCGUUGGAGGUUCUGAUGGGAGAGGGAGAAGGGUCGUUCCUGGUCAGGAAGAGCGUGACGAAGCCGGGCUGCUUCGCCUUGUCCCUUCGAGUCCCCGCGGAAUCCCAGCCAUCAGGCAUCUCCCAUUAUCUUAUCAUCAGGACCAACCGAGGAUACAAAAUCAAGGGAAUGACGAAGGAGUUCCCGAGCCUGAAUUCCCUCAUCACUCAUCAUUCGGUGAUGCCGGAACUUCUUCCCUGUCCUCUAUCCCUCCAGAGACACAAUCCCAAUCCGGGCUUCGAUUCCUCGUCCGAGUAUCACACGCUCUCGGACUGCCGCCUUUACCUCACGGACUGUGACCCUUGACUGUGUUGAAUGUGAUGAUCCUCCGAUGGAAGAGAAGAAAAGCUCCUAGUCGGUGACAGUGAGUGCGCAGGAAAGGAGCUCACCAUGAAUUGAACCCAUUGUUUUUCCUCCUCUCGUGAUAUUCGCGUCGUAGCAACCAGAGAAAAGAGAAAAGUCCAAUUUUCCCAUGUUUUAUCGAGUGCAUGUCUGAAAAAAAGCCUUAUGAACAAGGAUGUUGAUUGAUCCCU